AUGCCGCAGAACACAUAUCUAUAUCUUCAGUUCCAUGACCGCUUAACACAAAUAUGGCUUAAUAAGUACACAUUAGUACUGAUAUUAGCAGCGUUAAAGCUUUUAAUGUUUUUAUUUUCUAUCAAAAGUUCGUUGAAUAUUGCGCAAGCCUAUGUAUUAGCUAACUGUGAUACAAUCGAUAAUCUAUAUGCUCAAGCCAUUGAAGACACACCGUAUUAUAUUGCGAAAUUUGGAAAUUAUAUGAUUAAAGAAUCGAUGGAAGGAUCUGUAAAGGCCACUUUAACUGUUCUAUCGUUACUUGUAUAUUCAAGUGAAGAAUUAUUCAAGUUCUUAAUUGAUUUGUAUCUUGGGACAUAUGAGUGUUUGAUAGUGAGUGCUAUCGAUGGGACGGUAGAUGUUGCAACCAAUGCUACUGAAAAAUUAAUAUCCUAUGUAAAUGGAUCAAUAUCUACAUUAGCUAACGACUUAGAUAAUGGAUUAGAUGAUAUAUCAGAACUUAUUAACAAAGUGUUGAAAGUAGCAGAUAAAGUCGAGAACUUUUUGACAGGAGAUGACGAUGACGAUGAAUCUCAAAUUGCUAGUGUCAAUUUAACAAUUUCAGCAUUAAGAAACUUAUAUAUCCCUUCAUCAAUUAAUGACAAAUUAGAGGCACUUUCAGCAAAGACACCAAGCUUUUCAGAAGUUAAGAAUAAGACCCAAAAUCUAAUAGCUGUGCCGUUUGAAAAGGUCAGAAAUGAAAUAUCAGAUAUAGAUGUCUCAAAAAUAGUUGGUAAUCCAACCAAUUUAUAUGUGCCAUCAACCAACACAAGUGAUUUGUCAGUGGAGACAUCAAUAUGUAGCCCUCAUAAAGCUGAGAUUGUAUCAUUUUUCCAAGAUCUGAGUUCGGUCAUCAGAAUAACUGUUCUAGUCUUCGUUAUUUUGCUAAUACUUGGUGCCUUUGCUAUGAUGAUACCUGAGUGGUGGGAGGAAAAAUUAUUAUGGACAAAAUUAUAUAAGCUAGAUGAUAGCACAUACUCUGGUAACACAGUUGAAAUAGAAUCAUCAAGUGAUGAAGAAAUAAACAAUCCGUUCAAUGAUAAAAAUCACAUUAAAACCAACAAUCGUAGUGACAGUGAUUUCGGCGACGUAAUCAAAAGUUACUUUGAAUGUUUUAAUCCAUGGCAUAAUAGAGUCUACUGUCUAUUUACAAAAAUAUCUUCAAGUUUAUCUUUCCUAAGGAGAUCAGAAACUAAUACGUCAGAUAAACCUUAUCUAAGAUGGACCAUUCUUUAUGUGACUUCAGAGCGUGCAUUACUAAUUCUUGGCAUUGGAUUAUUGGGCCUUUUAGUAUGUAUUGUUCAACUGAUAACUAUAUCUAUACUAAACUCAAAGUUAAAUGCCUUUGAACAAAAUUCAAGUAUGCUUUCAUUGAGUGCAAAUUCAAGUGCUGUGUUUGAUAAAAAUUUAGAAUUAUGGGGUAAUCAAACAAAUAUUUAUAUAAAUGAUACACAAACUAAUAUAAAUGAGCAAGUAUUUGGUUGGGUAGACACAACCACUAAGUCUUUAAAUGAGACAGUAACUGAUUUCAUCGAUGAUAUUGAUGAUGCACUUGCGGAUUUGUUUAACGGUACAUUGUUAUAUUCACCGAUGAAAUCAGUGGUAUCGUGUGUCAUUGAGAGUAAAUUGUAUGCCAUUAGUAAUAGCUUGACAUGGAUAAAUGAAAAGGCAGAAGUUACACUGCCUAGAGUUAAUAUUACUGAAAUUAAAGACGUCAUUGUUGCAAGUAAUACAAGUGGGACCACUCAGAAUGUGGUCGAAAGAAUAACAGCUGACACAUUGAAAUUUAUCAGGAAUAUAAUAAAAAUGUAUAAGCAGAGUGUCGAAAUUGAAGUGGAGAUAGUUUGUGCUAUUCUUGGUAUAUGGCUUCUACAAAUUCCUAUUGCAUUAUUAAUUUUAUAUUUUAAAUAA